AUGGAUGACAUCACACCUUCCCCGAUAGUCCGUCGAUUUACGGCUGAGCUUCAGUCGGACUCAGACCUAGCCAUCCAGACAAAACAGUAUCAGGAGGAUCUAGAUGCCGAAAAUAAUGUGCGAGCGGAUCUACGUGCGUACUGUACCUACUACGGCGAUGAUCAGUCAAAUAAGUAUUUCUUUGGGGGGUUGGAAAUCGCGCGACGUACUCUUCAGCGAAAAUGUGAUGAGUUCUUUGCCACAGUUGCCAAAAAAGAUGAACUUGACAAAACGAAGCUGUCUAUCCGAAAAAUACUGCAUCGAGACUCGACAGAUAACAGACUAGCUCAGGAACUUCGUGCUAGUGAUGGAUUCACCGUCACUGCGGUCCAAGAGAUCGUAACUCAGUUUGAGAGCCAGUGGACGAAGUCGAAUGGCAAGACAUCGGUCAACUACUCCAGUAUUGCCGAACAACUAUCAGGCUAUGUGGCUGAGCUUUCUGAGAGCAUAUCGAUCUGCACAAAAUGGCUAGACCUCUUCGGAACUCCCGCUAUGCAAUCCCGCUUAUCAGACACUUACGCCAAAUUCUUCGAUUUUUUCAUCAAGGUUGCUACCUGGUAUCUCAAGUCAAAACCGUCCAAGGUGUGGGACUCUUUCAAUAGGGACUUCUCCUCUGAGUAUAAAAAUGCUGCGGAAACGAUCAAAAAGUCAAUUCAAAUCAUCAAUGAGCAAGCGCAAAUCGAGAAUGCGCGUGAAGUCAAAGCAAUUCGUCCAUAUAUGAACUACCAGAUGAAUCACGUCAUGAACAAAUUUGACAGGCUUGAAGCACGCAUGCUGGAAAGCCGACGACAAAACUUUCAAAUUCUGAGACAAGAAAAUGAGAUUGGCGGGCUCAUGACGCAUUUCUUCCAGGAAACAUUUCGAUGCUUGGAUGAAAUAAAGCAAAUCCGACGGUUGAGCGACAAUCCUGUGUCACAAGUGGAGCAAUCCCAAGUUUUGCAACUGACAGAAAAUGAUGAAAUGAGAGAUGUCAGCAAAACUGUGCGCCGCAUCACAAGAGCAGAUGCUGAGGGUAUAUGCAGCAAUCUCAAAUCAUUUAUCGUCCAAGCUGGUGGCAGCAAUGGUUUACAGUUGGCUCUAGACGCUGGGCGUCUUAUUGCAGAGCCAAGUAUGGUCGAUGCACUCGGAAAUUGGGCAAAAGCCACAGACUUUAACCAUCAAAUCCUUUGGGUUAUAAGCCCUUACGAGACAGGUGAGCAGACUAGUGCUGAAUUGGCCGCACUGGGCACUAUUUGGACCGCAAUACAGGCACGGGCGCGGUUCAUCUCGCAUAUCUGCCAAAGGCCUCCAUACAAUGAAGUUCCAGGCUUCGAGAAUUCAGAAGACAGAGCGGGUAUGUUCGCGUUGGUUUAUGGCUUGAUAAGCGAGCUUCUGCAAUUGGACUUGCCUGCGGACAUAUUGAUUGACACUGAGGUGUUGCAAAUACCCAACCGCCUACAUCAGAACUGGUCCGCUACGGUCGAGGUUCUUAGGACAUUGCUAGAGAGUGCGCCUACUCUAGAGUACUGCAUCAUAUCAGGGCUGAAUCUUCUUGAGAACGACGCUUCGGAUAUGUGCCAGGAUUUUGUGGACCUCCUUUUGGCACAUGUGAAAAAUUGCGGCUCGCCUAUGCGGAUUCUGUUCACGACUUCUGGACACUCUAGGGCUCUUUUUCCUAGAGUAUCGCCAGGUAGUAUACUCGAAACCAAUAACACCGUUCACCAGAUGAGAGGAAGGAUGUUGUAUGAUCGUGUGAAUAUCUUUGAUUAG